GAGGGGCGGGCAACCUUUGACCUUUCUCCGAAGGGCCUGGUCACCUGGAUUAUAAAGGACUUCGGAGACAGCCAUCCAGUGUCUGUUGAUCUGUAUUUCUUGAUGUUCUGUCUUCCAUUAGCUAAGAGCUGUUAACUUUUGGUUUGAAAAAAACCAGACAAGUCCAGGGGCUCUGGACCGAGAAAAGGCCUAUGGGACCACCUCGCUUCAAGUGUGGAUUUCCACGGCUCUUGCUCAGAGGCGGGUACGCUGUGUUCCAGUGUGCCAUGGAACUCACACAGUGGCACUUUGUGGCUUCAUGAAGGAAGAGGCGGGCCACGCAACACUUCCUCCCCAAGCCAAGGAGAAGUAGCACUUUUAGAGGCAGAGGAGCGGCAGUGGGCGUGACCAAAAGUGUCAUUUAUUAAAGUCUCCUCCAAUCUGAAAUAGUUCCUCAGUUUUUCCUUGUCUUUCAUGAUUUUGAUUCUUUCGAAGAGUACCAGUUAGGUAUGUUGUGGAAUGAACUUGUGCUUAUCUUCCUUGCCAGAUUUUAAAAACUAUUAUGGGAAAUUUCAAGCAUACACAAAAGUAGAAAGAAAAUGGACUCUCAGAUUGUUGGAGCAGAACUACUGAGCAAAAGCAGGCAUUGUAUCCUCAGUUGUCAUCAAGUUCGCAAUCAGAUUGGAAAAGUUCAACUUGAAGCUUUCUUGCCUGCAGUGAAGCAGAGAGAUACAUAUUAUUCACGUAAUAAAAAACAUGGGCUUCAACCUGACUUUCCACCUUUCCUACAAAUUACGAUUACUGUUGCUUCUGACUUUGUGCCUGACGGUGGUUGGGUGGGCCACCAGUAACUACUUCGUGGGUGCCAUUCAAGAGAUUCCUAAAGCAAAGGAGCUUGUGGCUAAUUUCCAUAAGGCCCUCAUUUUGGGGAAGGGAAAAACUCUGACUAAUGAAGCAUCCACGAAGAAAGCAGAACUUGACAACUGCCCUUCUGUAUCUCCUUACCUCAGAGGCCAGAGCAAGCUCAUUUUCAAACCAGAUCUCACUUUGGAAGAGGUACAGGCAGAAAAUCCCAAGGUGUCCAGAGGCCGGUAUCGCCCUGAGGAAUGUAAAGCUUUACAGAGGGUCGCCAUCCUCAUUCCCCACCGGAACAGAGAGAAACACCUGAUGUACCUGCUGGAACAUCUGCAUCCCUUCCUGCAGAGGCAGCAGCUGGAUUAUGGCAUCUACGUCAUCCACCAGGCUGAAGGUAAAAAGUUUAAUCGAGCCAAACUCUUGAAUGUGGGCUAUCUAGAAGCUCUCAAGGAAGAAAAUUGGGACUGCUUUAUAUUCCAUGACGUGGACCUGGUACCUGAGAAUGACUUUAACCUUUACAAGUGUGAGGAGCAUCCCAAGCAUCUGGUGGUUGGCAGGAACAGCACUGGGUACAGGUUACGUUACAGUGGAUAUUUUGGGGGUGUUACUGCCCUAAGCAGAGAGCAGUUUUUCAAGGUGAAUGGAUUCUCUAACAACUACUGGGGAUGGGGAGGCGAAGACGAUGACCUCAGACUCAGGGUUGAGCUCCAUAGAAUGAAAAUAUCCCGGCCCCUGCCUGAAGUGGGUAAAUAUACAAUGGUCUUCCACACCAGAGACAAAGGCAAUGAGGUGAACGCGGAACGGAUGAAGCUCUUACACCAAGUGUCACGAGUCUGGAGAACAGAUGGGUUGAGUAGUUGUUCUUAUAAAUUAGUAUCCGUGGAACACAAUCCUUUGUAUGUCAACAUCACAGUGGAUUUCUGGUCUGGUGCAUGAUCCUGGAUCUUUUGGUGAUGUUUGGAAGAACUGAUUCUUUGGUUGCAAUAAUUUUGGCCUAGAGACUUCAAAUAGUAGCACACAUUAAGAACCUGUUUCAGCUCCUUGUUGGACUGAAUUUUUCCUUUUUGUAUUUUCUUAGCAGAGCUCCUGGUGAUGUGGAGUAUAAAACAGUUGUAACAAGACAGCUUUCUUAGUCGUUUUGAUCAUGAGGGUUAACUAUUGUAAUAUGGAUACUUGAAGGACUUUAUAUAAAACGAUGACUCACAGGAUAAAAUGAAUGCGAUUUGAGGACUCUGGUUGAAGGAGAUUUAUUUAAAUUUGAAGUGAUAUAUUAUGGGAUAAAAGGCCACAGGAAAUAAGACUGCUGAAUGUCUGAGAGAACCAGAGUUGUUCUUGUCCAGUGUAGAAAGGUACGAAGACACAAUACUGUUAUUCAUUUCCUGUACAAUCGUCUGUGAAGUGGUUGGUCCCAGGUGAGAAGAAGGCCACAAAAGAGGGGAGAAAAGGUGACGAAUCAAGAUGGAGUGAACUUGGGAAUGAAGAGGUAGCAGGAGGGCAGAGUGUCUCCUGCAGAGGCAGCAGCAGCUGAGCUGGUUGCAGCUGCUGAUAGCCUGCAGGGGAGGCACCUGCCCAGGUAUGCCUUCCAGUGAUGCCCACCAGAGGACACAUUAUCUAUUAGUUUUUAGAGUUUUUGUAAAAUGAUUUUGUACAAGUAGGAUAUGAAUUAGCAGUUUACAAGUUUACAUAUUAACUGAUAAUCAGUACGUCUAUCAAAUACCUCUGUAGUAAAAUGUGAAAAAGC